AUGAUAUACUCUUCUGGAAGAGAAUCCUACUUCAACAUGAACUCAACCUGGUAUGAUCCCUCGGGGUCCUGGCUGGACACCCGGCGCACCCCCUUCCGCUACGGCUACAACACCUGCUCCUCGGGUUGCGACGGCGAAGGUGUUGAAGGCAUGAGAGGGCACAACUACCGUCAUUACGGCUAUCGGCAGCCAGUCUGCUCCGAGAGAUGCCACGGCUAUGCUGCAGCUGAUUCGUGCCACGGAGACAGGGGUUCGAGCUGUGUUAGGAGGCCUACGUACAGCUAUGGGUCAUCGGGGGGGUGCCACAGCUAUGGGAGGUCGGUCUGCUCCGAGAGAUGCCAAGGGUCCUCGGGUUCAUACCACGGAGGUGGUUCAAGCUGUGUCAGGAGACCUACGUACAGCUACGGGUCAUCAGGGGGAUGCCAGAGCUACGGGAGGUCGGUCUGCUCCGAGAGAUGCCAAGGGUCCUCGGGUUCAUACCACGGAGGUGGUUCAAGCUGUGUCAGGAGACCUACGUACAGCUACGGGUCAUCGGGGGGUUGCCAGAGCUAUGGGAGGUCGGUCUGCUCCGAGACGUGCCACGGAUCAGGGCACCAGGGGGGGAAGCCGUGCCACAGCAAGCCAACGCAGCACGUCCCGCAGAGCUGCCCAGUGCAGACCUGUCCCCCUCCGGUGCAGCAAGGCUGCGUGCCCGUGGCAAAGUCCAUCCCAAGCCAGCAGCAAAAGCAGGUCUGCAAAGUGCCAGCCAGGAAGAUAAAGUGA